UCUUGAGUUUUGUAUAUUCAAUGAUCCAUCACAUUCCUGAAGUAACCUUUUUAGUUACUUUGGGUGUUCAUUCUUUUCUUCUUAAUUUAUGAUCAAAGUAUGGAUUCUUUCUACAUUAUCUUAAUAAUUUCUCUACUUGUGCCUGUGGUUGCCACCGCUGUUGCUGAUCUUACACCACCAGCUCCUCAGAGCUAUACCCCACCGACACCAGCUGCCUCGAAGCCUUCGAUUCCACCGCCAUCUCCUCUUGUAAAGUCCUAUGCCUCGCCUCCAAAGGCACCAUCUCCGCCCCUACCAGUAGUUGCUCCUUACCGGCCUAAGGCGCCUGUGGUGUCUCCUUACCCACCUAAGGCACCUGUAGUAGCCCCAUACCCUCCUAAGACACCCGUAGUUGCUCCUUACCUACCUAAGGUGCCUGUCGUAGCCCCAUUCCCACCUAAGACACCUAGAGUGACUCCUUACCCGCCUAAGACACCUGUAGUAUCCCCAUACCCACCUAAGACACCUACAGUUGCUCCAUUCCCACCCAAGGCACCUGUUGUCGUCCCAUACCCGCCAAAAGCUCCAGUUGUUGCUCCAUACCCACCAAAGGCAUCUACACCUUACUAUGGCCAUCUUCCACCCGUCAAGAAAGAAGAAUGCGUGCCACUAUGCGAGAAAAGAUGUUCGUUGCACUCGAGGAAGCGAGUAUGCGUAAGGGCAUGCUCAACAUGUUGUUUAAGAUGCAAGUGUGUACCACCAGGAACUUAUGGAAACAAAGAAGUAUGUGGAAGGUGUUACACAGAUAUGACUACCCAUGGAGGAAGGCCUAAAUGCCCUUAACUUAGCUUCUUAACCUCCUCCAAGUCCUACUAUGUUUAAUUUGUAGUGUCCUAGCUAGUUUGGUUAGGAAGUAAUUAGAUACUAGACACUAGUAAUUAAGCCUUGCAGGGUGACUUAAAUAAUUUAGUAAGUAUUUUACCGAUGCUUUAAUGGACUGUCUUAUUUAUUAAUGUAUGUGAUAUUGUCUAAGGUUUUUGUAUGUCGGUUUGUGUUGUUUUAAAUUAUCAUGGACAUGAAAUAUUCAAUGUAGAUCUCUUCUCCA